UUAUUAGUGACAUUAUAUUUACAGAAAAAAUUGUGGUUCCAACAUUAAUUCGAGGCACGCAGAAGUGAAGCAACGAUAUGGCCAAAAGAAAAAGAGCGUAAAUGCGUGUUUCAUAAACAGUAACGUCCGUCAGUAACAACUUUCAACGCGAUGCCGAUGCUAAUCUCCAUCAUUCAAUCAUGCAAGAUACGAAGAGCCCAGCGACCUAUUAUAACAAUAGAUCUAGAGAUUAGGGUCGUGAUACGUGCGUAAGGUUGAGCGAUUAUCGCUUGCGGGCCCCAUACCCGGGGAUUGGCCGCCCAGGGUUACGUUUUUGCCUUGCUUGACCACUUAAAAUACCAGCCAGGUACUCACCCCUAACGAUUCAGGGGCGGAACAGUAGCUAGCUUCUACGUUGCGCAUGUACAGAGAGGCGGAACCAUCCCUGAUGGCGACGAAUUGCGGAUCCUUUCUGUGAGAAGGUAUGCGGUAACGAAGCACGUGAUAAGGAACAUCAACAGACCUGACGGAAAGUUAUGACGAGAAAGAAGUUACGUCGCGAAGAAGUCGAAAUUCCUUUUAAACACUUAAUGGCGUCUCUAAACAUAUAACUAAUAUUUCUCAAUAUUUCUAAAUUAUUAUUGAAUUUAUGGUCAGUGAAUACGGGAACAACUAAUUUUGUGAAACGUGGAAACAUCAAAAGAAAAGAAACUGAGUUUUAUUUUACAAUUAAUCAGAAAUUAUACAGAUUGAAGAGAUCAAGAAGAGGUUGUAAAUUUAACAUUUGUGGAUGAUAAGUGAAGAACAUCUGAUGAACGCGAUAAAUUAGGAAUGAGCUCUCACGCGCAUGCAAGGACAAUUUGUAGCGGAAGCGCAGUGUCAGGCGCGGUUUCUGCGUUGCAUUUCUUGAGAAGCUAUAGCCUGUUCGCGCCGACUUCAGAUCUGUGCAGAUACGAACCAUACAAUUCCAAAGACUACAACUUUAGAAAUAUCGACAUUUUAGAAAGUUCGAAUACACCGGAUACUGUAAUCGGCCGAACACCUUCACCGUUGUCAACGACGUUUUCACUUCCAGGGUCUUUGCUUCAACCACCCUUCGUAACUACUAUGCAACCUUUAAUACAAACCAUAAGUGUGCCCCCAGCAUUUUCAAAUAGCAAUACAAGUACUAUGAUAAAUCGUCAUUUUUUGGGGGCGAAUAACAUUGCAAGCGUACACAGACGGCCCAGAAGCGAAAAGAAACCCAUUCCAGAUGAUCAGAAGGACGAGAAAUAUUACGAAAGACGUAAACGUAAUAAUCAAGCUGCGAAAAAAUCUCGUGACGCCCGAAAAAUACGAGAAGAUAACAUUGCAUUACGCGCAACUAUUUUGGAGCAUGAAAAUGCAAUUUUGAGGGCACAAGUGAUAACGCUUCGAGAGGAAGCACAAUGUCUGCGGCACAUGUUAAUAAAACAGCAAGCACCACCACUACAAUCUAUCAAUCGUACAGUUUCUUCUAUGACACCUGUUACAUUAUCACCCCCUCAUUCUACAGCAACUUUAGAUUACCAGAUUUGAAAUAUGCCAUUAAUAAGAGGACGAUAAAGAUGUAAUUUCUCAUAAUCAAAGAAAUAACUUGGGAGGGUUACUUUGGCGAACGCAUCAUUCUCAAGGAAUGAUAUUACUUGUUUAGAUCUGUUGUGUUAUGAAGGUUUAAAUUUUAUUAAUGCCAUUAGUUUUAUUUACGACUAAUCAAUGCAUGUUAAAACAUGCAGUUUAAAACAUGCAGGUGAAAAGAUUUCACUCUUCAUAAAUUUAUUCAAAUGAGGCAAUGUAUUGUUUUAAUUUAACAAUUGUUGAGAGAAAUUUUUAAAUUUGAAUGCAAAGCAUUAACACAAAAUUAUAUUCACGAUUCUUUUUACGAGUAUCUUUCAAAGUGAAAAAGACCUAAUAUUGUUUCGCCAUUUCUUUUAGUCAUUUUUAGGAAUAUUAAUGUAAAUAGCAAUAAAUGUAUCAUUUUAUAA